AUGUAAAUUGUGUAAUUUUUUCCCAAACUUAAAAUAUUCACCGAGGGAGCCUAAUUGGGCCCGAGGCCUGCCAACGCUCUCCCUCCCACCCACUCUGGUUGUGAAAACCGAAUGGCGGUGAACGGAAAGCUGUUCAGAGAUCAGACCCAAUCAGAAUGCUUUCGCUGCAGAAUCAACGGCAACCGAAAACAAGCGCCCUGGUGGACGACUAUGAAAUCUCGGACACUGUGCUAGGCCUGGGCAUCAACGGCAAGGUGGUGCAGUGCACCAAUCGGCGCACCAAACAGAACUACGCCCUUAAGGUGCUGCUGGACAAUGAGAAGGCCCGGCGCGAGGUCGAUCUGCAUUGGCGUGUCAGCGGCUGCAAGCACAUCGUCAACAUAAUCGAUGUCUACGAGAAUACGUACAGCGGCCGCAAGUGCCUGCUGGUUGUGAUGGAGUGCAUGGAGGGCGGCGAGCUCUUCCAGCGCAUCCAGGACAAGGCCGAUGGGGCGUUCACGGAACGCGAGGCGGCACAGAUAAUGCACGAGAUCUGUGCGGCGAUAGACUAUCUGCAUAGUCGCGAUAUCGCGCAUCGCGAUCUUAAGCCCGAGAACUUGCUCUACACCACAUCCCAGCCAAAUGCGAUCCUGAAACUGACAGACUUUGGCUUUGCCAAAGAGACCUUCACCAACGACACCCUCCAGACGCCCUGCUACACGCCGUACUAUGUUGCUCCCGAAGUGCUGGGACCCGAGAAAUAUGAUAAAAGCUGCGACAUCUGGUCGCUGGGAGUGGUCAUGUACAUUAUUAUGUGCGGCUUUCCGCCGUUCUACAGCAACAAUGGUUUGGCCAUUUCGCCGGGCAUGAAGAAGCGCAUCCGCACCGGGCAGUAUGAUUUUCCCGAUCCAGAGUGGACGAACGUUAGCCAGUCGGCCAAGGACUUGAUCAAGGGCAUGCUGAAUGUGGAUCCCAGCAAGCGUUUGCGCAUCCAGGAUGUGAUACGCAACAAGUGGAUUGCCCAGUAUAAUGCUGUGCCACAGACACCGCUCUGCACUGGCCGCAUGCUCAAGGAGGGUGAGGAGACCUGGCCGGAGGUGCAGGAGGAAAUGACCCGAUCCCUGGCCACCAUGCGAGUGGACUACGAUCAGAUGCAAAUCAAGGCGCUGGACAAGUCGAACAAUCCACUGCUGACAAAGCGAAGGAAAAAGAUUGAGGAGAUCUAUGGAACAUAUGGCACGGCACGAAACUAGACAAAAACAGAACGCAAACAGAGCAACAAGAAAACAUACAACAUGCUACAUACUACUACGGCCAAUCCCCGAGUGAGAGUGAGGAGCAGUAAGGAGCAAGAAUAGGUAGAAAGGAGUAGGAGUAGGAGAAGAAUGGAGUACACACGGGCACGACAGAGGCCAUCAAAUCAGACGAUGGUUGUUUUUACCACAUAAGAAAGGACAAAGUUGCAGUGCGCUGCAUAAACUAAUGCUAUAACUAGCGAAAGCCACUACUACUACUACUAUAACUAAAAACUAAACAAACUACUCCAUGAUGUUGUGUUACGUUAUGUUUUACGUUUUCUUUCCUUGUCCAUUUAUCUAAUGUAUGUAUUGUGUAUGUAUAAUCCAUUUCCAGGAUAAAGGUUCUUAGGGUAUAUUUGUAGUCUGAAAAG